AUGCCUGCCAAUGGGAACCGCCCCUUGAAGUUGCAGUUUGGUCUGAUCAACCACGACUCUCGCUACCUUACUGCUGAGAGCUUUGGCUUCAAGGUGAACGCAUCGGCCCCCAGCCUGAAGAAGAAGCAGAUAUGGACUCUAGAGCAGGACUCCCAGGACACCCAGGUAGUCUUCAUGCGCAGCCACCUGGGACGCUACCUGGCCUCCGACAAGGAUGGCAAGGUCACCUGCGAGGCAGACGGGCACAACUCCGACUGCCGUUUCCUCAUCGUGGCUCAGUCUGAUGGUCGCUGGGCCCUGCAGUCUGAGCAGCACCUGCGCUUCUUCGGCGGCUCUCGGGACUACCUGUCCUGCUUUGCGCAGAUUAUCACAGAUGCUGAGCUGUGGGCAGUGCACCUGGCUCUACAUCCGCAGGCCAACCUGCUGUCUGUGGCCCGCAAGCGUUACGCCCACCUCUCGGCAGACGAUGGGGAGAUUGCCGUGGAUAUGAACAUUCCCUGGGGCGUGGCAGCACUCCUCACCCUCGUCUACCUGGAUGGGAAGUACUGCCUAAAGACCUGCGACAGCCGCUUCCUCAGCAAUGAUGGAAAGCUCCUGACACAGAGUGGAAGGGCCACUGCGUACACGCUAGAGCUGAAGUGUGGGAAGCUGGCCUUUAAAGACUGUGAGGGGAAGUAUUUGUCUCCUAUGGGGCCUACGGGCACCCUGAGGUCUGGACGCUGCUCCAAGCCGGGCAAAGAUGAACUGUUUGACCUGGAGGAGAGUCACCCACAAGUGGUUCUGAUGGCAGCCAAUGGGCGAUAUGUCUCCCUAAGACAAGGGGUCAGCCUCGCAGCCAAUCAGGAAGAUGAGACGGACAUGGAGACGUUUCAGAUGGAGAUUGACAAGGAGACCAGGAAGUGCACGUUUCGCUCCAGCCAAGGGAACUACUGGGCCCUGGUGGCCCACGGAGGCAUCCAGAGCUCCGCCACUGAAUUGUCAGCAAACACCAUGUUUGCAGUGGAGUGGCUUGAUCACAAGGUGGCACUAAAGGCUAACAAUGGAAAAUACAUCUGCAUCAAGAAGAAUGGCCAACUCCUCGCUGUCAGUGACUCCAUAGGUACGAGCCUUUUUGGUUUGACCUCUGGCUUUCUCAUCAGCCCAUCUCUCCACUCACCAGGUGAGGACGAGCAACUCACCCUGAAACUGAUCAACCGACCCAUGCUGAUCCUGAGAGGAGAGAACGGCUUCAUCUGCCACCACAAGAACUCCAACGCCCUGGACGCCAGCAGAUCAGUCUAUGACAUUUUCACCCUGCAGUUCAGUAACGGGGCCUACAACAUCAAAGGUGUGGACGGCCGGUUCUGGUACGUGAACAGCACCGGGCUGGUGUGCUCGGACGGCGAGGCCCCUGAGGACUUCAGUCUGGAGCUGCUUGAGCACGGCCGCCUCGCCAUCCGAUGCAAGAACGGCAAAUACCUGCGUGGGGACCAGGGAGGCACGCUGAAGGGAGACGGACACAGCCUGAGCAGCUCAGCGCUGUGGGAGUAUUAA